AUGAGCUACCAACCUGGCGGAGCGUUCCGCCGCAAACUCGUCAUUGUCGGCGACGGCGCAUGCGGCAAGACGUCCCUCUUGUCGGUGUUUGCGAUGGGCGAGUUCCCGCGCGAGUACGAACCAACCAUCUUCGACAACUUUGUCGCGGAGAUCCGACUUGACGGCAAAGCAGUACAGCUGGCUUUGUGGGACACUGCGGGUCAAGAAGACUACGAGCGCCUGCGCCCGCUGUCCUACUCGAAAUCGCAUGUCAUCCUCAUCGCCUUCGCCAUCGACACGCCCGACUCUCUCGAGAACGUCUCGGUCAAGUGGAUCGAGGAAGUGCGCGAGUUGUGUGGUCCCAACAUCCCCGUGUUGCUUGUUGGCUGCAAGAGGGACUUGAGGGACGAGGCGAUGCGGGAUGGAGCGGGCGAGAGGGGGAGGUUCGUCACGACCGAGCAGGGUCAAGUGAUGGCACAAUCCAUCGGCGCCCGUUCCUACCACGAAUGCUCCGCCCUGCUCAACGAAGGCGUCGACGAGACCUUUGAAGCCGCCACGCGUGCCGCCAUGCUCGUGCGCGCAAAUCCUUCCUCCGGCGGCGGCGGACACCACGGAGGCGGCGGAGGCGGGCUGGGAGACGACGGUGGGCAUGGGAAGGACUUGAGAACGGGGUCGAGGAGGCGGGAUAGUGAUGAGGGAGGAGGAUGCUGCGGGUGUGUGAUCCUGUGA